GUCAUCGCCGAUCUCGCGUCGCUUGGCCUCCAAGUCCAGGUCCAUGUCCAACAGACAAAAAAAAAACCCCGCCCCCGGUUCGUCACUUCGUCGCUUUCUCGUCGAGCCGCGACUGCCGACUGCGACCGAGAGAAUUCUCUAUCCGGUCCCCGUCCGGUUUGGUUAGAGUUCGCACUCGUGAUUGGGUUGGUCGCUUGGUUCUUCCCUGCCGGAAGAUACCUUUCGUUCGGUGUCGCCAACUCGCCAUUCUUGGGAGGUCUUGGUCGGGACCGGUGCUGAUGGAGGAGAGGUACGAGGCGCUGAAGGAGCUGGGGGCCGGCAACUUCGGCGUGGCGAGGCUGGUCAGGGACAAGCGGACCAAGGAGCUGGUAGCCGUCAAGUACAUCGAGAGGGGCAAGAAGAUUGAUGAGAACGUGCAGAGGGAGAUCAUCAAUCACCAGUCGCUCCGGCACCCUAACAUCGUACGGUUCAAGGAGGUUUGUCUAACACCCACACAUCUUGCUAUUGUCAUGGAAUAUGCUGCUGGUGGAGAGCUAUUUGAGAAAAUCUGCUCAGCAGGGCGAUUCAGUGAAGAUGAGUCCAGGUAUUUCUUCCAACAGCUGAUAUCAGGGGUCAGCUACUGCCAUUCUAUGGAAAUUUGUCACCGUGAUCUUAAACUUGAGAACACCCUCCUUGAUGGGAGUCCAACACCUCGUGUGAAAAUUUGCGACUUUGGUUACUCAAAGUCUGCUUUGCUGCAUUCCAAACCAAAAUCAACAGUUGGAACUCCAGCAUACAUAGCCCCCGAGGUUCUUUCCAGAAAAGAGUAUGAUGGAAAGGUAGCAGACGUUUGGUCCUGUGGUGUCACGCUGUACGUGAUGCUCGUGGGAUCAUAUCCAUUUGAAGAUCCUGAGGAUCCAAGGAACUUCCGGAAAACGAUCAGCAGAAUUCUUGGCGUGCAAUACUCCAUCCCGGAUUAUGUGAGAGUGUCUUCAGACUGCAGACGCCUUCUGUCUCAGAUAUUCGUUGCCGAUCCUUCAAAGCGUGAUGACUGACAGUGAAUUUCUUGUUAAACGUCCUCUACCUGAAACUGAAAGAGGAUCACGAUCCCGGAGAUAAAGCAUCACCCGUGGUUCUUGAAGAACCUCCCGAGGGAGAUCUCGGAGAGGGAGAAGGCCAACUACAAGGACGCGGAUGCCGCCGAGCCGGCGCAGGCCGUGGACGAGAUCAUGCGGAUUGUUGAGGAGGCCAAGACCCCCGGUGACAUGUCCAAGGUGGUUGACCCGGCGCUGCUGGCCGAGAUGGCAGAGCUGGAGAGCGACGAGGAAGAGGCAGACGCCGAUGACACCUACUGAUCGCUCCUGCAUGCAGCUCAGCAGCUGCUCAGUCAUGGUGUCCAGUCCUUUGUGCUGCAGACAUGGCGCCGCCGAGCGCCCGAGCUUAACCCGUGCGUGUGAUGACGGAUGUUGUAUUGCACUCUUUACGCUGUUUGUAUAAUAAAAGUCUGUACAACGCUGUACAAUUGCAGAUUGCCUUGUACAGAUGAACUAGCGUGCAGUGAUAUACUCAGUCCCAAAUUCUAUGUUCCAAAACGGUUUAAAUAAUUUUAUUUUUUAGAGA